AUGGGAAAUCAAACCGAAGUGACUGAAUUUAUUAUCCUGGGACUUUCCAAUGACCCACAGCUGCAGAUUUUUCUCUUCCUGGUUUUUUUACUUGUCUACCUAAUCACGCUUUUGUCAAACCUGGUGAUCAUGGUGGUGAUAAGGGCUGAUCCUCACCUUCACACCCCAAUGUACUUCUUCCUGUCUCAUUUAUCCUUUGUUGAUAUCUGCUAUGCCUCAACCGUAGAGCCUAAGAUGUUGGUGCAUUUCCUAGCAGAGCACAAAACCAUUUCUGUCAAUAGCUGCAUUGCACAGAUGUUUUUCAUUUUGCAGCUGGCUACUACUGAAAUUUUUAUUCUCUCAGCGAUGGCUUAUGACCGCUACACUGCCAUCUGUGACCCAUUGCGUUACAUGGAGAGAAUGAGCAAAGAGAUCUGUGUUCAGCUGGUGAGUGGUGCAUGGGCAAUAGGCUUCUUCCAUGCCCUGCUUAACACAGUUUUUGCCCUAAAGUUGCAUUUCUGUGGGCCCAGUCAAAUCAACCAUUUCAGCUGUGAGCUUCCUCCCUUGUUACAACUGUCCUGCACUGAGAGUCUCACCAAUCAAGUGGUGCUUCUUACUUCUGCUGUGAUAUUUGCAUCAAGCUCCUUCCUCCUCACCCUGAUCUCCUACAUUCACAUCAUCUCCACUGUCCUGAGGAUACACUCUGCAGAGGGCAGGCGUAAAGUCUUCUCCACCUGCAGCUCCCACCUGAUUGUGGUUGGCUUAUUCUACCUGACAGGUUUUCUCCAGUACACAAAACCCAGCUCGGUCUCCUCUGUUGUUCUGGAUGAAAUGUUCUCCAUCCAGUAUAGCAUCUUGACCCCCAUGUUAAACCCCAUCAUCUACAGCCUGAAAAACAAAGAGGUGAAAACAGCUGUAGGGAAAAUGUUUCAGAAAUUCAAAUUUCUCAAGUAG